UCUCAUACAUACUUCCCGUCAAACAUUGGGUGUUCGGACAGUUCACCAGCAAUUAAGCAGCAGACCAACACAUUUUGGAAAACAAAACCUUGGAUAGGAUAAGCAUUUGCCAUCCUGUCCUUUUCUCAUCACCAUCACCUUUAACGCAUUUCCGUCGGAGUAACAUCCUCUUGGCUAGUGUAAUCCAAUCACUCUUCGCCACACCUUUCCUUUCUGUCAAUACCAUCUUCUUCUUCACAGUACCAUCAUCAUUAUGGCCAAUCACUCCGUCGACACUCUCGUCAUUGGUGCCGGUCCAACCGGUUUGGGCGCUGCUAAACGUCUCAAUCAAUUAAACCAAGGCCCUUGGGCUCUCGUUGAAGCUUCCCCAGAAGCAGGUGGUUUGGCAAGCACAGAUGUUACCCAAGAAGGUUUCUUGUUCGAUGUUGGUGGACACGUAAUCUUCUCCCAUUAUGCUUACUUUGACGAUGUCAUUCAUGAAGCUUUGCCAGCCAAAGAUGAUUGGUAUGAGCAUCAACGUAUCUCUUUCAUCCGUACACAUGGCGUUUGGGUCCCUUACCCUUUGCAAAAUAACAUUUCAGUCUUGCCAGUUAAGGAACAAGUUGAAUGCAUCAACGGAAUGAUUGACGCUCAAGAAUUACGUAUUCGUGCAAAAGAGGCACCAAAAGAUUUCGAUGAAUGGAUCAUGCGUAUGAUGGGUGAAGGAUUGGCAAACGUUUUCAUGCGUCCUUACAACUUCAAGGUUUGGGCUUAUCCUACCACAGAGAUGCAAUGCAAAUGGUUGGGUGAACGUGUUGCUGCACCUUCUCUCAAAAUGGCAGUCGCAAACACCCUAAACAAAAAGGUGGCCGGAAACUGGGGUCCAAAUGCAACUUUCAAAUUCCCUGCUCGUGAUGGUACCGGUGGUAUUUGGAAAGCAGUUGCAAAGACAUUGCCAAAAGACAAGACACACUACAGCACAACUGUCACAAAGAUUGAUGGAAAAGGACACAAAGCUCAUUUGAAAGACGGAUCAACAAUCUCAUACAAGAAGUUGGUCAGCACAAUGGGUGUUGAUUUCUUGAUCAAACAAUUGGACGCUGAUGCAGAAGAUUUGAGCUUGCUCAAAAAGGCCACCGAAGGAUUGAAGCAAUCAACCACUCACGUUAUCGGUAUCGGUUUGCGUGGUGAAUUGCCUUCCCGUAUCGGAGACAAGUGUUGGUUGUACUUCCCAGAAGAUGACAGUCCAUUCUACCGGGCUACAAUCUUCUCUAACUACUCGCCUUACAACUGCCCACCUAAAGAUGCCAAGUUGUCCACUUUGCAAUACGCUGACCCAUCCAAGGGCAAGCCAGACAGUACCGCAAAAGGAGGUCCUUACUGGUCUUUGAUGAUGGAAGUUUCCGAAUCCCCAGUCAAGCCUGUUGAUUUGCAAAAGAUUGUUGCACAAACGAUCCAAGGAUGCAUCAACGUUGAAUUGUGCAAGCCAGAAGACGAAAUCGUUUCAAUUUACCAUCGUGCUUUCAACCCUGGUUAUCCAACCCCAAGUUUGGGACGUGAUGCUGCUUUGGCUGCUAUUCUUCCCGUUUUGGAGAACAAAUAUGAUAUCUUGAGUCGUGGAAGAUUCGGAAGUUGGAAAUACGAAGUCGGAAACCAAGAUCAUUCGUUCAUGUUGGGUGUUGAGGCUGUCGAUAAGGCUCUCUUUGGAUCGCCUGAAGUUACUCUUGAAACUCCAGACUUUGUCAACGGUCGUCGUAACACCGAAAGACGCCUUACAAAAGCUUAAAAUCCAAAGAGCAACACACAUACAUACCUUUUCUCCUCCUCUCAUACCUAGAAGGUAGCCCAAAUCUUCUAGAGAAGAAGUCUCCUCCUCUACCUUGUAUCACUUUUAGAGUUCUGCAACAACGGCUUUGACCCCCUAUAAAGCGGGGGUCUCGCAUCAGAAUUUAUUCAUUUGGGCUCAAC